AUGACGACAAGGGGAGUGCUAAACGGAGAGCGUAUGGUGCAGGUCCUUAUUGCGUUUGUGUUAAGCGCAGCAUUUGCAUUGGUCACAGCCUACCUUUCUCUCAGCUUGCAACUCAUUCACUUCUUUGAGGCAAGGCAUACUGCUGAAACCUUCGAAUCAGCCGUUGAUUCGAAAACUAUCAAGAACGCCGUCCUUGUUACUUUGAGAUAUCUCUAUUCAUUGUUCAGGUAUGCUUUUUGUAGGAAUGGGGUCCGUCGUGACGGCACAUUGUCGCAAUCAGAACGCCAACGUCUUUAUAAAUUCUGCGAGGAUUUCCUUCUUACUCUCAGCGACCAGCAAUUGGUCACCGGGAUCGCGAUACUAGUUGCAGGAUGGAUUAAUCGCAAAACCUCGACAGUCUAUCAAUUUGAGAUGGUCAACGCCCUGGCAUGGAUGUCUUCUGACGUCCAUCUUCUCACCGUCGGGCAGCUCCGUGCAUUUUUCAGGAAGAAUCCUCUUGCGAAACAUUGGCGGGCAGCCGGAAUGUUCAGCACCUUUGUGCUGCUCUUCGUUGCCAAUUUCUAUCGAGGUCAUGUCGAUUGGUAUUCGAACUUCCACCACCCCACCCAGUGCCUGAUUGACGACGUGAACCGCUCUGCAAGCUACAUUCGCGGUAGUGCAGCGGAGAAUAUGCUCAUAUGGGGGUUACUGCUGUUUUACAGUUAUGCUCGAGGCAUCAUCCCGUUGUACUACGAUACAGACAAAUGGCGGGACCGGCUUCUCUCAUUGCGCGAGGGUUACUUGAGGGACAAUCGGCGCGUCUCAUACAUCAGAUUAGCGCUCCUUGAUAUUUUUUGGAUUGUCUCCAGCGAGGUCUUCAAUGUUAUCAUCGUCCAGACGUUCUGGUUUAGCUAUGGUAAUCGGAGCAUUUGGUGUGAUCGGAUCCUUGCUCUUUCCUACGGUGUUCUUGAUGCUGAAGAUAGCGCUUGGGGGCUAGGCGAGAUCGUGCCUUUAUUUCUUCUUGCGCUCCCAGUACUAAACUCCCUGGAUUUUUUUAUUUGGAUUCACAAGCCUACCAGUGAAGAAGCUGUUGGUUAG